AUUUGGAUGUGGGCCCUACAAGCCCCGGCUCAGUACGAACGCAAAAAGGCGCGGGGAAGAGCGAAUCCGGUGGGAACGGGCAAAAGCGAAAGCCAACGUCCAUCCCUUCGCCGUCGCCGAUGGAGUCCGCCGGCGACCGCGACGACCCCGCUGGCCACCGCCCCCGCCGGCCGGAGGAGAGAGGCCGGAAGCGCAAGGCGGAGGCGGAGCUGGGGCCCGUCGGCCACUGCGCGUCGCUUCGCUCUCCUGCGGAGCGGGUGCCGCCGGGCCAGAGCUUGGUCACGCACGCAGCCGACCGAAAGACUUCGGUGCGCUCGGCGAUCGAGAUGGUCGGCUUCCUCGACCGCACCUUUUUGCACAUCGAUCUUUUCGAGGAAAUGCGUGGGCGAGAUGGUUGAGAAUGGAGUGAUUCCUGUGCUUCCUGCUUUAGUGAAGCGUUCGGAAGCGCCGCCAUUGGGAGAAGGUGACAGCCGCGAGAAGUUUCACCGGCGUGAAGUCGAGAAGACGAGUGAGGUACUGGGAUCUAUUGCUGUUGAGUCAGAGCAUCAACAUGACUCAGAUAAUAUUGAUGCCAUAUCCUAUCUGCGCUCUCUGUUGAAGAGGCACGAAGCAGGCUUUAGUUCACCGUCAGCGAAUGGUCUUGUUGUAAGAGCAGCCAACACAGUUACAGAGCUUGUUUUAGGUAUAGGUAAUGGCAACGCCGACGUCCUUGUAAGGAUGGUAGUUGGUAUUCCACUAUUUGUGGAGUUGCAAGGAGCUGCAUUGUGCGUGAUGGCUUCGAAAAAUGAAGAGAACAGGAAUCAGAUCGUGCACUCUGGUGCUCUUCCAAGCAUCGUGUUGCUACUCAAAUCUGACAAUGCUGACAUACACAUUAAGGCGGUUGCAUUGAUUGGUGUUCCAGUGUUCUUAAAUGCAAAUGUAGAGAAAGAUGUGCUGGCUGCUGGAGGUUUGCAACCUAUUGUUAGAUUGCUCAGGCAUGACUAUGUCUUGGGUAUGCAUAGGUCACGAUGUCUUUUGCUCAGUUGUUCCAGCUGUGUUUGGAGCCAGAUGGAGGCAACUCGCUUAGUUAGACAAUUUGCUGCUGCCAAAUCAGUUCGUAAGGCUAUCGUUUGGAGGGGUGCAGUUCGUCCACUUAUUGAGAUGCUUUGAUCUCCUAAACUUGAAGCAAGAACUCAGACACCCAGGUUGGUAUUGCUCAUGAGGGUGGGUUACUGGCAUUACUGGGACUUCUAGAUUCAGAAAGUGAAUCAUUGCAGGAUGUUGCUGCAUGUGCUCUUCAUACUCUAUUGGAUAAUGAGGAUAACGUGUCAGAUUUUAUAACUGUUGGUGGCUUUUGGAAGCUACAGCGAGGAGAAUUCACUGGCCGAGUCUUCAAACACUUAUUGCUUUUAAUGCGUACAUCAGAGAAUAUCAUCCAAGGAAGAGUGGUUGUAGCUCUUGCACAUCUUUCUCCCCCAACCAAUCUACGGAUGAUUUUUUUCAAUAACAAUGGAGCAAGUUGAUGGUGCACUAGCAUUGUUCAAGCUGGCCGACUAAUCAAUGAUCGUUUCACCUGCAGAUGCAGAUUUACCUCCUCCAGCACCGCAAGUAUGCUUUUUCUGUAUUUACUCUAGACCAUCAUAAUUAUACCUUAUAAGAAACUUGGUCUUCGAAUUUAUAAUAUCUAUACUCAUUGAUUGUUCCAAUCGUGUUUCCCGACGCUCUUUGUUGAAGGAAGGAUUGGUAUCCUAGGGCUUUUGAUCAACAACGCCAUCUAAUGGUGAUGGUGAUCUUUAAAUUUGAGGGACUCGAAAAGUCCAUUCGCAUUCAAUAUUAUGUGACAGGAGAAACAACAUUCUAUGAGAUGCACUGCAGUUUGGCAUGUCAUAUGCUGGGUAGGAGGUGCAUUUAAUCAUCGUUAACGAAUAAUUAUGUUUAUAGAGAUUGACUUGUAAAUGGUCAUACCAUCAUAAAUAGCACGGGGUGCGCAGUCUUCCCAGCACAUAAUCUUAUAAUCGGUCUCUCGUUCUUUUUCUUUCUCAUGGUUCCAGAGCCAUGACUUUAGCUGCAUGUCAGCUAGUGUGAUUGAAAUACCUAGUUGAGUUGUUGGGAUUCAGACAAACAAAGCCUGUGGGUCUAGUUUGUGACGAUCAGGGUAUACUGAACAUUUCUUCCGACUGGGAACCAGGACGAAAUUAAUUUCUGGUUAUAUCAAAAUAGCAUUUUGUGGGUUCAAAUGAUUAACUUGCUGACUUAUUUACUAAGUCUCUUGGUGGUCCUUUUUUAAAUUACAUAUGUAACAAGGAACUUAUACUACGGAAUAAAUGCUUAUACUUUAAGGGGAGUGAAACGAUAGCUCUAUAUUUUAGACAUACCUGCAGAUAUCUAUAUUGCAUUUAUCAGUGUAGGAGGGCGCCACAGUAAAACUGAACUGAACCAUUUAGUCUAGAAAUGUCUAUUUGGAAAAAAAAAAAAAAAUUUGCCUCUCUUGUUCCUUUAGUUUUGCAAUUACUAUAAAUUUGAUUAGUUGAUCUUUUUCUUGUUGAAACAGAACAUAUAUCUAG